CAGUGCCCUAGCGGCUGAGGAGCGAAGCGAUUUGGCAGGCGCUAGAGCAGACGGCGGACGGCCGGGGCAGGCGCUGCGAUUCUCAGCUGCGCUAUUCUCGCUGCCGCGCGCACGGCACGCCUUCCUAACAUAUCGACAUCGAAAUUUGGCGCGAUGCCAAUGUCGUGUGUCGCGUACGGCUGCAGUUCACGUGACAGUCCCAGCAGGACAGUGCGGUUUUUCCGAUUUCCGUCGGUAAAACGAGAUCGACAGCGCCGUGAAGCCUGGAUUAGGGCUGUGAAGCGGCAAGAUGCGCAAGGGCGUCCAUGGCAGCCGUCAGCAGCAUCUCGACUCUGCGGGAAGCACUUUGUGACAGGUAUGCAUCCACAUACGUAGUUCUCUGUUUUUGUCGUUACUGACUCAUACGAAUAAUCUCGAGAAAGACGCAGAUGUGUUUGAGCUAGCGAAACAAACGAUCUCUUGCUCGCGCGAGCCGGCCGAGUGAAACGCGGUGCUUUAUUUUUUUUUUUUAAUUCUUUUUUGUCGUCAUCUCUGUGCGGCCGCCGCGUUGUGCUUUACUUUGUUUUUUUGCUGUCAUCUCUGUGCGGCCGCCGCUAGAACGCCGUCUUUAGCAACUUUACACCGUGCACACUUUUACUACUUCAUAAGCGUUCAGCGAGUGCUCGUGAUGUCGGCGUAGUUAUCCGUUGGAGCCAAGCGCGCCUGCACUGCCGGGCAGAUUUGGAAACGGCGUGCACUGUUUAAGUAGCUGAUGGUGCUAGUUAGCAAUCGCUGCUAGUUGUCGUUUCAUCAUUCUUGUCGACACCGAGUAUAGUAAUAUUUCUUGAAGAAAGCUUAUGUUCGUUUAGCGAAUAGCGAUGUAGUACGGGGCACCUUCACUGUCACCCAGACAUCCGGACUUCAUACCGACGCUGUUCGUGUAUACAGACCAGUUCAGAAAGAAGGACGCGGUCGACCGCCAUGUUCGUACCGCGGCGCGUUCCAAGAGGAAAACAGGCGCUCCACCAACAGCAGGUACAGAGGUUUCAGGUCAAGGAGGAACUUGUAAAGGUCACAGUGAUGGGGAACCAGACACGUCCUGUGUUCAGGGUGCAGACUCUUCAUUCGACGAGGAAGGAGCAGCUGAUGCACUCUUGCUGCUUGCAACAUCCCCAAUGCUCCCUGAGCCACAGGAGGUCCUAGAGCCAACGGCCUUAAGCAGAGAGGAGAACACUGACCACCUAUUAACUGAAAAUGUGGCAUUACAACGGAAAGUCAGGGAUCUAGAACUGCAAUGCAGAAAGCUAAAACGCUGCACGUUUUCUGUGGAUACUAUUCACAAAUCGUCUUUUAAGUUUUAUACAGGACUGCAAAGUAAGGAACAGUUUGAAGCACUCUUUAAGCACAUUGAAAAAAAUGCAGAACGCAUGGUUUAUUGGGAUGGAGGAAAAACACAAGCAAAGGAAAGACAGCUCUCCAAGCGCGAAGAACUUUUCAUGGUGCUGUAUAGGCUCAGGACUGGUGUUUGUGCCAAGGAAGUGGCUCGAAUCUUUGGAAUUUCUCAGUCAUGCCUUAGUCGCAUCUUUUGUACAUGGGUAAUUUUUCUCGAUAAAGAGCUCUCAGCAUUGACAAGGUUUCCCACAUUAGCAGAGAUCAAAAGGCACAUGCCAAUGGCAUUCAGUGACUUCUCAAACACUAGAGUCAUCCUUGAUUGCACAGAGGUGAGAAUCCAAAGACCUUCAAAACUACAGGCACAGAGGCAUACUUUCUCCUCGUACAAGCAUUAUAACACGUUCAAAGCACUUGUUGGGGUAACACCAGAUGGCUACGUUUCAUUUGUGCCAGAUUUGUGGGGUGGGCAUGUUAGUGAUAGCGAAGUUGUCGAAAAAUCGGGCCUACUGGGUUUAUUAGAUGCGGGGGACGGUGUGAUGGUCGACAAAGGCUUUAGGUUGGAGGGCGUUUUUCCACCAUCUAUUCAAAUCCACAUGCCACCAUUUAAAAUGGGGAACCAAUUGUCAGCUAGUGACGUGAUUGCCACCCGAAAAAUAGCUGGCGCUAGGAUCCAUGUUGAGCGAGUCAUACGACGUAUCAAAGAAUUUCAUUUUUUAGACAAACCACUGCCAAUCAACAUGCUCGACAUUAUUGACAGCAUUUUUAGGACUUGCGCCUUUUUGUGCAAUUUUCUACAGCCAAUCAUUUCAAUCAAUAACGAGAACAAGUAGCCAGCUCGCACAUCUAUACUUCAAAUGAGCCUCCUUUACCAUGCUUAUGACCAGAAGAGACCAGACUGUGUAACAACAGUGUACUCUCAUACUAUAUCACGUGUACUUACGACGACGCUGUCUACUGUGCUACCGUCUGAGGAAAUUUGUAUUUUCCAUCUCUGAAUAAAUGAUACUGCUUUUUCAGUUA